GCAAAGCGCGGCGUGACGUCACUGUUUCAGCACCGGUCUCCUGCCAGUCUAGCAGACAGCUGAGAGGGUUUCUAGACUGACUGGGGGGUCUUGGCCCAGCACGGUGUUGUGUUAUCGAGGCGUUGGAGUCCAUAUUGUGUUUAAAUGGCGAAAACGUACGAUUACCUGUUCAAGCUGUUGCUUAUCGGAGACAGCGGAGUGGGAAAGACAUGUCUGCUGUUCAGAUUCAGCGAGGACUCCUUCAACACCACCUUCAUAUCCACAAUAGGUGAGUACCCUGCAGCCGCCCCUCGGGAUAAAUCUGACAUUCUCCACCCCGGUUACUAGAGAAUACAGCGACUUAAUGCAUUACAGUAAACAAAAUAACCACAAUGCAAGGGCAGGUUAACUUAUUUUCAUUGUAUGAACAGACCUGUAAUAUUUUAAGACUAGCAGCUGCAUCAGAUCAGACAAUGGGACUGACAAAUUAUUAGGAUCCCGUCCUUGACGGCUCAACGGUAGGCAACCAUUAAUAAGAUUAUAUUGAUCAAAGAUAAAAAUAUAAAUAUGUUUCUUCUUUGGGAAGAUUCUUGACAUUUGAAUUCCUCUUGGUCUUGAUUUAUGGUUGUUGUAUUUGCCAUAUCCUUUGCAUACCAUAUACUAAAGCAGCUGGCUGUGAUUUGAAGUUGAGUGGGGCACUCCUCUCUCCCCUCUGUAACUUGACAUGAGAUAAACAGCCCAGGUGCAAAUUCAUAUACUAUAUUAUACUAUACUAUAGUAUAAUAUUAUAUAAUUUAAUAUAAUAUAAUUGCGUACACUGAUUAGUCUGUGGUUUUUUAAUGCAUCACAGGAAUAGACUUCAAAAUCCGAACAAUCGAGCUGGAUGGAAAGAGAGUAAAACUUCAGAUUUGGUGAGUGUACUUAGGCUUUAGUUUCUUCUUGUGACACAAGUGUGUGUUCACUAUUGAUAGUCACUUAAUGCUUUCAGGGACACUGCAGGGCAGGAAAGGUUUCGCACCAUCACCACGGCUUACUACAGAGGAGCAAUGGUGAGUCUGUGGUUAACACUACAUUUAACCCCCUGUGGGUCUGUUUUAUGCCAUCAUUUGUGUAACUAUUUGCAGAGAUGAUGUUUUUUCUUUGCAGGGUAUUUUGCUGGUGUAUGACAUCUGCAAUGAGAAGUCUUUUGAAAACAUUAAAAACUGGAUUAGAAAUAUUGAAGAGGUAAACCCUGAUUAAGAACACUAUUUUUCAUAUUUUUUGCUUAUAAUGACUGUUGAAUUGAAGCACAAUGUAAAGGCCUACUACUGUAAUAAAAACAAACGACUUAAAGUUUAUCUUUUAUUUUUUAAUGUUUCAGCAUGCCUCGUCUGAUGUGGAGAAGAUGAUUCUGGGGAACAAAUGUGACAUGACUGACAGGAGACAGGUGUCCAAAGACAGAGGAGAAAAAGUGAGUCAUAUAGCUCAGUCACAGCAGACUCAUACAAAUGAAAUGUCUGUCAGGGGUUCAUGAUUUUCAUUCAGUAAAACUUCCAUUUCUUUUGUCUUCCUUAGCUGGCUAUUGAUUAUGGAGUUAAGUUCUUGGAAACCAGUGCAAAGUCAGGCUUAAAUGUAGAAGAGGUAAGCAUUUUUAAACCCUAAUGUACCAUGUAGCAUAACCAAUCAAUCUACUCAUUAUUAUAUUUCAUUGUUCCCUCUUGUCAUUGUAGGCUUUUUAUACUGUGGCGCGCGACAUAUUACAUAACCUGAGCUCAAAGACAGUAAGUGAUCAAGAGAUGCUUAAAAUAGAUGCUCAUUUAAGGGGGACAUUUCAAGUGUGAGCUUUCUAUUAAUGAAAACACAUUUUUUGAAUAGACAGGAGCAAAGUAUUCAUACUAUAACAAAAACAGCAUUUCUAAACUUCAGAGAAAUGAAUCGACCAUUUUCCCAGUCAUGCUUUUCCUAGAAUUAAUAAUUUAUAAAUGUCAUUUUUGGAAAGAUUUUAUCAUUUUUUAAAGCAUUUAUGUAAAAGGGGGUGUUUUUUUGUCACCAUUCUUUGUAAAGUAACAAAAAGUCAACAUUUUAAAUACAAAGUUAGAAAAUGUAUUAGUAAUAUAUAUCUAAGGGUUUGAGCUCAUUUAAUGAACACUUAAUUCUUCAACCAGCAUAAAUGUAUUCAGUUCUUUGAAAUUGUCUCAAAGUAUUUAGAAAUCUGAUAAUAAGUCAGCUACAUAUAUCGUUGAGGCAACAUUUGAUCUCUAUCCUCACAUCCCCCUCACCCCUCAUAAAACAACAUCUGUGCUUUCACUUAAUUUAAACUCAAUGUGAAGCCCUUCUUAUUUAAGGCUCUUGUAUUUAACAUUACUACUAUCAUUUCUUUCUUUACUAGACUGACAACAGUGCUGGGGGGUCAGGCAAACCGAUCAAGAUCACAGAGAAAAAAUCAAAGAGGAUAAAAUUCUUCAAGUGUUCGCUCCUCUAAGCAGCGAGUCUCCAGUGUUCACGACUUGAGCAUGACUUUGUCGUGUUUUGAAGGGUUCUUGCCUUCCAGGUGUCCUCACAGCAGCUCUAGUGCUCACAUUCAAAGGGCCUUACCGCCAGCUGAAGCUCACAGGUUACGAGUGGUUAAGACGCCGCCCUGAUCUGUUGACCAGAUGAGGAUCAAUGAGGACUGAGGCCCUAUACUGUGUAUACAUUCAUGCAAAAGACUGGAGUGUGGGGUGGUUAGCAUUGGUUUGUAGCAGGCCAUGCAGUAUCUGCUCAUUAGAAGCAGUGAUUCUGUUGGCAUUCAUUUUACCUCUGCUGUGUUGUCAUGAAUAGUUGUCUUUUAAAUGAAGAAAAGAGAAAAAAUCUGAUUGUUUCAUAUAUUGUAGCAUUACACUACCUACUGUCAUACUUAACUACCAUGAUGCUGUCUGACAUCCUACAUGUCAGGAUCAAAUCAAACUAUUGAUUGUAUUUGACUGUUUCAAUUCAUGUAUAUCAAUGAGCCUCUAAUCCUCUGUUGCACAGGCGUUAUAUUCAUUUGUCUUUUGUGCCUAGAAGAAGUCACAGGGUGUGAUAGAAACGAUUUUUAAAAAUGUACAAGAAUGUCUUACUGCAGUAUUUUAAGUUCACCUCAAACCUUUAUUUAAACAGGGUCUUGUGUCAGAGUGCAACUGUGAAAGGAUGUUUCAUGAAAGUCAUAUUUACUCCAUAUUGUAAUGUGAUUGUCAGUAUUUGCAUGAAAGCUGUAGGAUUACCUCAGAGUGGAUCAUUAUGAAGCACAUUUUGUAGGAAAUGAAAAAAAAAACAACGUUUACAAACAGUGUCAAGCAUAUAUAGGAAGGUCAUGUUUUUGCUGUUCAUAUAUUGUGUAGUAUUUCAGCACAACUUCUUGUUGUGUAUAUACUUUGUUUUUUUCCUUAAACUUUGCCAAUCAAGCAGGUUUCCUAUAUGUCUUCAACAUAAACCACGAUGACUGGGUAAACCUCAAAUACUGUGGGAUACUGUAUGUUUCAUUAAUGACAAGUAAAGGCAGUAAAGAAAGUUGUUCUUUCAAAGAGAAAGUUGCGUUGACUUACUAAAAGUUUGCUUAUGACUUCCCAUGACUGUCACUUUUUUCUUUAUUAUUAUGCAAAACACAAAUACCCAA